AGAAAUGGUGGCGGUUCAUAUAGCGAUGCUUUCGGAACUAGGACUUGCGAAUGAGACAGAAAUUGAAGGGUGCUCGUGAAGUACGACGGGCGCCUUUUUUCGUCUCUCGGCGGGGUAAAGGGAGCAGGGUGAACUCACGCGCAUCGGCACAUCGAUGUAAAUCGCUCCGAUUGUCAAAAGGAGAGCGAGUCGGUCGUGUCGUGGCGUCGAUUGCUUAAAGAAUUGGUUCGCGCGCGUUUCACACGACGCAGCUCAACGAAGGCUUCUCGAAGUUGCGCGACGGCGAGCUCGGUGUACUCCCCGAGAAGAAUCGGCAAGCUGGACACUCGCGAUCGGCGACUAGCGUGCGCGCGGACGAGGAUGAGGAGGAAGUGAGAUGCGCGAGAGACGAGCGGCGGAGAGUGACUCGCGACGGUACGUAAGCCGCAUCUCUUGACGUUUCUCUCCUGUCUCUGGACUUUCACACGGAAGGACGAAGCACGCUACGUUCUGAUCGUCGCGAUGCCGAUUCUGUCGUGCGACGCGAUCAUCCUCGGCCGUUUGCGCCGCCGAGACAGCGGCACGCGGUGAUACGGCGAUCGGCCGAUCGCGAGUACGAGCUGUCGUCCUCCGCGUAAUCAUCCGCGACGCUUGCUUCUCACUAGUGAGGGAGGAUCUCGUCUCUCGGUGGACCACUGCACCUACGCGCAUCGAUGUUCUUGCCGGACCGUUCCUGAGAGCCCUACGGCUAUAUACACAUGAAAUGGGUAGCGCUUGGUGGCAGUGCGCUGCGUGUCUGAGAGCCCAGGAAGAAGACAUCUGUGAGCUGCAGCUGAAUCACUGUAAUCUCUAUGAUGUACCACCUGAUGUGUUCAUUUACGAAAGAACGUUGGAAAAAUUAUAUCUUGAUGCCAAUAGAAUAAAAGAUCUUCCUAGGCCACUAUUUCAGUGCCACGAGUUGAGAGUACUUUCACUCAGCGAUAAUGAAGUUAGUACGUUACCACCCGCCAUAGCGUCGUUAAUCAAUCUGGAAUACUUGGACCUCAGCAAAAACAGUAUAAAAGAGUUACCGGAUAGUAUAAAAGAAUGCAAAAGUCUCCGCUCUAUAGAUAUCAGUGUUAAUCCCUUCGAACGUUUCCCGGAUGCUAUCACGCAUAUCGUCGGUCUGCGCGAGCUCUACAUAAACGACGCGUACAUAGAAUAUCUGCCGGCUAACUUCGGACGACUGUCAGCCUUAAAGACGCUCGAGCUGCGGGAGAACAACAUGAUGACAUUGCCUAAGAGUAUGAGCCGUUUGGUAAACUUACAGAGGCUCGACAUCGGCAACAAUGACUUCACAGAGCUGCCUGAAGUCGUUGGGGAUCUCAUCAAUCUCACCGAGCUGUGGAUAGAUGGCAACGAUAUCAGGCGUAUCCCGGGUAACAUCGAGCAGUUGUACCGCUUGAAUCACUUCGACUGCACGAUGAACGCCAUUCACACGCUGCCGAUGGAGAUACGCGGUUGGCGGGACAUUUCAAUCAUGAAUCUGUCCUCGAACGAGAUGUACGAGUUGCCGGAUACGCUAUGCUAUCUACGCACGGUCGUGACACUCAAGAUCGACGACAAUCAAUUGAACGCACUGCCGAACGACAUCGGCCAGAUGUCGAGCUUAGAGGAGCUUAUAGUCACUAAGAAUUUCCUCGAGUACUUGCCGUCUUCGAUAGGACUGCUGCGCAAGCUGCACUGUCUGAACGCGGACAAUAAUUAUUUGCGCGCGCUACCGGCCGAGAUCGGCAGCUGCACCGCGCUCUCUCUGCUCUCCCUGCGAUCGAACAAUCUAACGCGCGUGCCGCCCGAACUCGGCCACUUGUCCUCCCUGCGUGUGCUCAAUCUCGUCAAUAACUGCAUCAAGUUUCUACCGGUCUCCAUGCUGAAUCUGAGCAACCUUAAGGCCCUGUGGCUCAGCGACAAUCAGAGCCAGCCGCUGGUGCCGCUGCAGCAAGAGUUCAACUGCGAGGAGGACAUGAUGGUGCUGAGCUGCUUCAUGCUGCCUCAGAAGCCACGGCAGGACCUGGAGCAAAUGGCGCAAUCCGCAGGACCGAUUUCGAGUUCAAUCAUUGGAACAGGCAAGAGAAUCUGUUUUGCUGCUGAGGUAGAUUCCGAAGUCCCCAGGCAACUUCAUCGAGCACCAACCCCUUAUCCCAAGGAGUUACGCAACCUCGCUAGGCAUGCGCGUAACUUGCAUCACCAAUCCAUUCACGAUCAAAGAAGUGCGCCUUCGUCUACCAUCACCACUGUGGAUCGUCACACGGCUAAGAGCUGCAACAAGAGCAACCGAGUCGCUGAGCCCGGUGCGGAACACUCGGUGUCCGAGGAGUCGUCUGACGAAGCGAACAAGACCGUGCUGGCGAAAGAGAAGAGCCCCGACAUUCGCGAGGCGAAAUACAUCCGCAACCCUACGUCCGAUUACCUGGUCAAAGCGCCGACGGUCGCCGAUUACGUCAACUCCACGUGGAAACCGGACGAGUACUCCAAGGCGAAUACAGCAAGGAUAGUGGAGUCCGAGAAGUUUAUAGAACCCUACAAGACUAUCUACGCAGAUGCAGACGGCAAGUAUCGCGAGCAGAUGAGGACGAGCAUCUCGAAGCCGUGUGACGUUCCGCCGGUUCCACCUCCGUAUCACAUCGCGGCGGCGUUUUCCAAGAAAGCCGCCCUCUUCCAGCAGUUUAACAAUCCGAUGGAACCGGACCCGCGGGUAGCUUCACCCUCGUCACCCUUCAAUUCAUCCUCGAAUUCGGCCGCGACGUUUCCGGACAUACCAUCGAAGACAAAUCUGGACGCGAGCGCAGAAGCGACGAAGGCCGAGGAGUACACGUCCGCGCCGGAUGAUCAUCAUCGGGCUACCUUCGCCGACUCGAACGCGUCGACGGGUAACACGGGGACGGAUUCCAUCGAACAUUCUCAAACCACGGACCAAUCCUACACACCGGUGUCGGAGGGCGCCGACUCCGCCGAGCAGGUGUGCGAGAACGAUCGUACCUUCAAGCCGAGCAAAAUUCCCAUUCUCAAGGCGAAGCACAUGGAAAACGCGGCCAACACGUCGAACAGCGAUACCUCGGUAAGGCGGCCGAGUCCCGCAGCGGAGGAGUACGACGCGAGCAAGACGUCGUUGAACGCGUAUUCCGGUAUACCGACGUCGCCGGUCACGGGCAAGAAGUAUCGCAGUCCGUUGUCGACGCCGGCCAAGUCGCUCGAUCGCUCAAGGAAGAUGACGAACGGGAGCGUCGCGAACAACAAUUCCUGCGAAAUCCCUGACUCGCCGGACGCGCCGAACAUCUUGAGUCGGCCGAACGUCGUCAUCGCGAAGAGCAUCGUCAUCGAGGAAUCGAGUGUCACGCCUCCCGCUAUCGUCGUCGUUAAAAGCGAGGCCAACUCCGACCGAGACACGCCGAAUUUCAACAGCAAACCCUCGGGCGACGCAAGCAACGCCGAGUCGAAGGAGCAGGCGAGCCCCGCGUUGAACGAGACGCUUCAUUCGGAGAGAAAGCCGAGGUUCAAGUGGAUGUUCGGUCCUCACAAGAAUGCCAACGUGCUGCCUGUUCAGGUAAAGAAGAACCCAGGCCUCGGUUUCAGCAUAGCCGGCGGAGUAGCGGGCGCGGAAACCGGAAUAAUCGUGACGAAAGUGAAUCCCGAUGGGCCAGCUCAAGGUACUCUUCGGCCGGGAGAUAAGAUCUUAGAGGUAGACGGUAUUGACUUCACCAAAUCUGAUCAUAAUAACGCUGUUGCCGUUCUUCGAGCUACCGGUGCCGUUGUGUCUAUGAUGAUAAGUCGCCACCAAUGAUUGUAAGUUAUUGGAGAACUUUUUUCUAAUUCUUUUAGAUGAUGUACGAUCGCUUUACAUACUUCAGACUGAAUACAUUUUAUAUAUAUAUAGCUCUAAA